AUGAGCCCGAUUUCUCUCGAGUCCAUCGAUCGCCCUGCGGCCGACUAUCGGAGGAACAUUCAAGAAAUGAACGCAUUCUUUGAUAAGCAUGGCAAUUCAAAGAUCGAAGACUUUAUCAAAGACCUGAAAGCCAAAAAGAAUCAACCUGCCAAGGACUACAAAGUCGGGAGGGUCAUGAGGGAUGCAUCCGAGGCAAGACGCCGGGAGGAGUUCGAUAGAGCAUGUGAUUCGAAAGCGAAGAAGCGGAUGAUGGGAGGCUCCGAGGCUUGA